GAAUUCAAAGCAAACAAAUUUGAACUGUAUGAUUGCUGUUCUUUUAGGAAUGGAGCACAACUUCAGGAAGAUUGCCACCCUCAACCAGGGCACUCCCUACGAUUACAACUCUGUCAUGCAGUACCACAAGUACGCCUUCUCCAAGAACAACCAGCCCACCAUGCUUCCCAUCCCUAACUCCAAUGUGUCCUUUGGCAAUGCUAAGGAGAUGAGUCGCAAUGACAUUGCCAGGCUCAACAAGCUGUACCAGUGCUAGGAAGGCUGUUCAGAUGUGCUGACAGACAGAGCGGAGGGAAGAGUGUCUCCUUGUGCUCACUGAACAUCAG